GUUAACUGCUCCCGGCCUGGCCUAGCGGGGCUGCCACGCUGCAGUCCCACCACUGGCCACGGCGCGGAUUUCAAGGGCUCGAGCCAGGGCUUCUUCCUAAUGGGCAAAACAGCUGGCAGUGCUAGAAAACUAUGGGCACAGCCGCUUCCUAAGGACAGAGGCAGAAUCUCCAGAGACAGUUCUGUGGCGGGGUCCUGGGUGCCCAGAAUGCCCAAAGGCAGGACUCAGAGGGAGAAGGGGGUGGGGGUGUUGCAUGGAACCCCUGUAGCGAAGGGGCAUGGGUACGUUCCUGCCUCUGAGACCACGGGUGCUGGACCCUCAGAGAAGCGGUCAAGGUCAUAUCAGCUGGAACUGGGGCGCUUGGGACCACUUGGACGGAAAAAUAAGGGAGCAGGGGAGCAGAUGGCAGUGCCAAGUGUCCUCAAUCCUGGGUCUUCUUGGGACGUGGAGGUGGACAGUUCCCAGGCAGGACUCCGGGGCAUCUUGCUGCCCACCUGCUGCACUUGGAAGCUGGAGCCGGGCACCUCAGUCACCAAGGAUGGGGUUCAGGACAUCCCCCAACCCAUCAGGCCACACCUCGAGAUGCUGAGAUGUUACUCCUGGCUCUGCACCCAGGAAUUACUCCUGGUGGGCUCAGGGGACCAUAUGGAAUGCUGGAAGUCGAACCCAGGUCAACCACUUGCAAGGAGCAAGGAUCUGGAGCCAGAGCCCUGCAUGCAGGCGACAUAGGUGAGGACUGGGGCAGUGACGCUCCUCCAGGCAUGCCAGGUCCGCUAUGUUUUGUCUAGGCCCGGCAGGAUUCGCCCCGGAGCAGGUGGAGAUGAUGGGAGCUGGGGACUGGGGAUGUAGAGAGCUCGUGACGUCAGAGUUAGU